AUGGCAGGUUUCGAUGGAAGAGUGAUAGUGCUUGCGCUGCGGGUGGUGCAAAGCAUACUAGCGAUCAUUGUCCUCGGUGUAACAGCAUAUGUCGCCAACUGGUGGACAAACUACUGGCACGCCCUCGCCCCCUCCCAAAUCAACUUCCUAGUCUUCACCUCCGUCUGGACCAUCCUCGCCCUCCUCUACCUCAUCAUCGUCCCAUGGCGCUUCUCCGAAACCGUCGCGCACCAUAAAUUCGCCAUCCUGGGCGUCGAGACCCUGACCAUGCUCUUCUGGUUCGCGGGCUUCAUUGCGCUGGCCGUCUUCUUGAGCGAUCGCGUGUGCUUCGGACAUGUGUGUGCGGCGGCUAAAGCGGCUUGUGUUUUCGCCGCUUUUGAGUGGCUCACGUUCGCCGGCACAACGGCCAUGGCAGUCCUUCACGUCCUGCGCACGCGCGGCCGCACGAGCAACAACGGCAAGGCUGAUCCGAACCUUAACAUUCAGGAGGGUGUGUAA